AUGGCUCACCCGGCUGGCUACUCGGCCAGGGUCGUCAUUGAUCUCCUAAGCGACUCGGAUGACGACUCAGUAAUUGAGAUCCAGGCACUUCCGGUCGUCAAGGAUGAAAAAGACGAGGCACAGAUCAUGGUCAAUUCUAUCCAACAUGACAACGAGUUGAGCAAUACCAUGGCUGUGGCGGCCACUCCCAAGGCGACUAACGACGAGUUCGUUGAGUCCAAAGACUACCAUGUAGACACAAGGGUCACCGAGUCGAAUUAUGAAGCAUCGAACAUCAAGCCGCCAGAGCUCAACUUCAAAUAUGACUUGGUCAUGCCAGAUUUUUCUGGCGAUCAACAAAGUGGUAUGUCGCCUGCUCAGCCCAAGAACGGAAUGAUGGACAACAUGGCAGUUAAUGCCGAGUGGGAAGGCGAUGACGGCGCAGACGACGGAACUCCCAGAGUGCAAGGGAAUUCAGCUCACCUCAGGCUCAAGACCGAGCAGAUUGAUGUAGAUUUCUGGAAGACCCUGAAUGACAGUUCAAAUGCCCAGCCCGACAGCCAUCUCCACGCCACACCGCCAGAAUACGGCAGUCCUUUUGAUAUCGAUGAUCCUGAGGAACCGCUGGAAGGAAUAAAUUUGGAGGCGACCCUUGACUCCUAUCCCUUUUCAGACAUGAACAUGGAACUCGACGGUUUCGAUGCUAUUUUGGAGUACAAUCGGAACAAAGCUCACUUCUUCGACCGCGAUGUCGCCGCUAACGACGAGUCUGUUCGGGACUAUGCUCCACCGCCAUGUUUGGCGGGGGAACCGCAGGCCAACGAGAUGGACUGGAAUACUAUCCUCGACGAAUAUCCCUCGGCGGCGGAUGACUCUGCCGCUGCCGCUUUUGCCAUUCGCGAGAAAGAGUAUGAGAGAAAGAAAGAGGAAGGCUCAAACACUCCAGAGGACGACAUCCGAUUUGCUACGGAAAAGAUAGCUGAGCACAGGCGCCUCCGGGACAUUGCACGGAGUAAGGUGGUUGUGAAAGAGACCCGACAGCCCAAUGAUCUACCUCCUGGAUAUCAGGAGGCCGAUUCCCUCUUUUUUCCUGAAGCCGCCGAGCCGCUAGCUCCUGUUCCAAAGAAGAAUGCGGCGCCAAAACCUCGCAAUGGUCUCACAAAGAAGGAAUUGCAAGAGGCUCUCUCUGUUGGCAUCGAUGCCGGUUUCGGAGAGGCUGAGAAGCCGAAGAGAAAGACCGCAACGUUCGACGAGAAUCGGCGGUCAAAGAAGAGACGGGGAACCAACAAAGACGGUGGCACCUCGAAGUUGGCACAAAAGAGAGGCCGUAAACAGCGGCCAUGCAAUCUCAGCAAUAUUCAGAGCCUUGGACAAACCAACAUCGUGGACGCCGCCCAGGCUAAUGCUUCCAGAGAUAUGCCAACCUUCACAUCUUCGAAUAAAAACAAAGCACUUCAAGAAUUACUUGCAAGUAUUCCGUCAUCCGAGCGAGGUGCCGCCACUUCCGAUCGACAAGCUAUUUUGGCGGCGACUAUGAAAUUCAAGGGGCAUGGUUCCGUCAGAUCGGACAACCACGGAGGGUGGAAGCUUCGAGGCAUGGAGUCUUCAUUAUACAACCACCAACUUCUCGGUGCUGCCUUCAUGCGGGAUCGUGAGACCGGAGAUUCGAAACCCAAGGGUGGCAUGGUGUGUGAUGAAAUGGGCUUUGGCAAGACGAUACAGAUGAUUGCGAAUAUUCUCGACGGCAAGGCGGAGGAGGGCAGUAAUGUGAAAACCACCCUCAUCGUCGCACCGCCUACGUUGCUCACGCAAUGGAUGGACGAAAUGAACAAGCACGUGAAGGGGAGAGCCCUAGGUCGGAUUCUCCGUUUCCACUCAGGUUCUCGACUGGUCAGCAACGAUAUCCAGGCGGAUUUGAGGGCCUAUGAUGUGAUUCUGACGACCUAUAGCGAGGUCCAGAAGAGCUAUCCUUCAGCAGAACCACCCAUGGCCCUGGCGUCGGUUGAAAAAAAGAAAGAAUGGUGGCAGCAUCACUUCCUCAAAAACGUCGGUCCCCUCCAUCAAAUCAAGUAUCAUCGCAUCGUGCUGGACGAAGCCCACAAUAUCAAGAACCGUCUUUGUAAGACUUCGAUUGCCGUGCGUGGUCUCAUCGGCAACCACAGAUGGUGCAUUACGGGGACUCCGAUCCUGAACUCUAUCGAAGAGCUCUUCCCAUACUUCUCGUUUCUCAGAGUUCCGCACACCGGCGACUACGCGACCUUUUGCCACAAUUAUUGCAACAAUCGCGUCAAUAGAGACCCAGUGCCCCUGGGUCGGAUUCACAACAUCUUGCGGGCCAUCAUGCUCCGGAGGACACACGUGGACACUCUUUUCAACGCUCCCAUCAUCAAACUGCCGGGGAUCACUCACAACACGGUGAUGGUCGAGUUCAACCCAGUGGAGAGGCACAUCUACAACAUGGUCAAGUCCCGAUACAUUCAGCAAAUCAAUACGUACUCGAAAUCCGGCACACUCAACAACAACUACGGUAAUAUUUUGGGGAUGCUGAUGCGUCUCCGCAUGCUUUGUGCUCACCUCAUGCUCUGUCAAGACGUGCUGAAACGAAUGUUUGUCGCAUCGGACAUCGAGAUUUUAUGGAGAUUGACCGACAAAGAGGUGCAGGCGUCUCACGACACCGAUUCCGCGAAUAUGAUCAAAUCUCUGAGGAAGAUGCUCGCUGCCAAUGAGAACACGCUCCAGACAUGUCAGACGAAGGAGCUCCAAGAGACCUUUGACGGGACUCCCAAUAUCGAAGAUGACGGAAACAUGGACACCGGUUCCCCAUAUGGGCUUACCUUCAAGUUCAGAAAGUUCCUUCGGGCGUUGACCACCUCUAAAACCUGGGCCGAACUGCACCUUCGAUCGAUCUGCGCCAAAUGCCGCAUGCCACCUGACGAACCGGUAUGUACUUCAUGCUUUCACGUUUACUGCCAAGAAUGCAUCAAUGCCAUGCACGAAGAGAGGAAAAAAAUGGGGGACAGUGAUACGAAAUGCAUCGACUGCGGGACCGCCUUCGAGGAGACGUCUUCUUGUGCGGGCCUGAAAGAAUUGGGGUUCAACUCGCCUGAGGUGGCGGCCAAGGUUGAAAAGAAGAAACGCAAGCUGGCAAAGCUCGCGCAGAAAGCGAAGGCAGGGAUGAGAAGUGCGAGUCCCCUUGCCUCCAAUGGAAGUAAUGAGGACGAUGAGGCAGAAGGAGAAGAAAGAGAAGUGGACUGGCUGGAUGUCGGCGGCAGAUUACUGCCCUCCGCCAAACUGUCGGCCACGAAAGCCGCUAUCCUCAACUGGAAGAACCAAUACCCCGGGCAAAAGAUCAUCGUCUACACCCAAUUUCUCGGGCUCAGUGAGAUGUUGAGCAAUGUUUGCCUCGCGGAGGGAUGGGGCUAUGUGCAGUUCAACGGCAAAAUGACAAUCGAUGCGCGAGAGAAGGCGACCGAAAAGUUCCGGAGCGACCCGAAGACCUUCAUCAUGAUCUGCUCCCUCAAGGCCGGUGGGGUCGGCUUGAAUCUCAGCAUGGCCAGCAAGGUCAUCAUAUUGGACUUAUGGUUUAAUUCGUCCAUAGAGGCGCAGGCAUACUGCCGCGCCUUUCGCAUCGGCCAGGCCCAUCGCGUGGACGUCAUCCGUUUCGUGGUCAAGAACUCUAUCGACGAGGAUCUCAUUAGGAUGCAAGAUCGCAAGGAUGUCGAGGUGACGAGUGCGAUUGGGCCGGAUCAUAUGGGAAAACGCGCCACCAUCCAGCAGUUGCUCCAGUUGUUUGGCGAGGUCAAAGAGCAGGGACAGAAUGAAUUCAUUUUGGUGGAAGAAGAGAGCGAAGACGAUGCCGACAACAACGAUCCGGAACAGAUCAGAAGAGCGCUGGUUCGACGAGCGGAACGCGUGUGA